UCUGCUUCGACUUCCAAUUCUGCGAUCAUGUAUCUUGGUCUGCCUUUGCUCGUGCUUCCUUUGAUUGCAUCAGCAUCGAUCGAGGGUUUUGUUCAACACCACCAAGUUCCAGUGCAGGACACUCUCGAAGCCGAAGGUUUCAGUGUUUUUACCAGCCAGUAUUCUCAGGAUCACUCAGUUCGCAUCAGAGAAAUCCAGAACGAUUCACUCUGUAAUGCACACUCGACUCAGUACACGGGCUGGCUAGAUGUUGGGGGGAAACACCUCUUUUUUUGGUAUUUCGAAAGCCAAAACGACCCGAACGCGGAUCCAUUGGCUUUGUGGUUAACGGGGGGACCGGGAGGCUCCUCCAUGCUUGGAAUGUUGAUGGAACUCGGACCUUGUCUGAUCAAUGAACAUGGCAAUGGCACAAUUUACAACGAGUACGGUUGGUCCAAGAACACAAAUCUUCUGUUUAUCGAUUCCCCAGCAGGCGUUGGAUUUAGCUAUGUCGAUGAGGGGAUACCCAUACCCGCUACUAGCUUUACGACCGCGGAGGAUCUCCAUCAUUUCUUGCAAAUCUUCGUGAGCGAGGUCCUCCCAGCAUUUGGGCACGGGGAGAACAAAGAAUUGCACAUCACUGGAGAAUCGUACGGAGGCCAUUAUGUCCCAGCCCUCGGCGCUCGGAUAGUCUCACAAAACCUGCUCUAUCCGAAGAAGCCACAAAUCAAUUUGAAGUCCAUUUUCGUGGGAAACGCCUAUGUAUCUCCAUUGGAUACGGCGUUCGGUUACUGGGAAACCCUUUGUACGACCAACCCCGGAGUCAAGGAGCCUAUUUUCAAUCAGACACGCUGCGAUAUCAUGGCGGCCAACAUCCCUCGAUGCAUAGAUCUUGCACGAUUCUGCUAUGAACACCCCGAUCCCGCCAUCUGCCAAGGUGCCGAAAAGGUUUGCUGGAAAGGUGUAAUCGAGCACUUUGAUGGCGAGUCUGGAAGCGUGAAGCCGCAUCGUAACCGCUUCGAUAUUACAAAACCAUGCAAGACCCACGACGAUCUGUGCUACGAGGAAGCGCUCCUCAUCAACAACUACCUGAAUUUGCCUUGGGUUUUUGAAGUCCUUGCCGUCCCCUCAGCUGUCAAGAACUACAGCAUCUACAGCAUGGAUGUCGAGCGCGCCUUCAGUCUCGCCAAUGACCAACCCAUCACCAUGCAGCCGCAGGUUUUGCAGCUGCUCGAGAAUGGUAUCGACGUGCUCUUCUAUCAGGGAAACUUGGACAUAGCAUGUAACACUGCGGGCAAUCUCAGAUGGGCAGAGAAUAUGCCUUGGAAAGGGCAGCCAGCUUUCGUAGCCCAGCCCAAAAAAGUAUGGAAGCACGAGGGGAAAGAGGUAGGCUGGUACAAAGAAGUUAAAGUUGUUACAGCUAGUGGAGUCGAGACUACAUUUGCAUUAAGCACAGUUGGUGGAGCAGGCCAUAUGGUGCCUUACAAUAAGCCUAGAGAGGCUCUAGCACUUGUUAAUAAAUGGCUGGAUAAGCGAAGCUUUGCUUAA